AUGGGUCGAGAUAUGUUCUUCACAUACUAUGUCUCUGAUUUCAGUCGGACAUGGGACUUUUUGUACAAAUACCUAGACUCUUCUCAAGCGCCCAAGCAUCUGAUUCUUAGCAUUGAAGCAGUCAGUCUCGCCUUCCUGUCUCAUCAAGUUUCCUCCUAUACAGCGAAAGAUCUUGGACGCAGAAAAUACUGUGAGGCGUUACGGAAGAUCAACAUUGCGCUGCAAGACCCUGAAGCAGCAAGGGCUACCUCGACGUUUGAAGGAGUGCUGUUACUGGAUCUCUUCGAGAAGAUUAUGAAGUCGGCUUCGGAAAUCAACACAUCGCGGCACGCCCACAUCGAAGGCGCACUCACACUAGUGAAAUUACGAGGCGUAGAGACGUUCAAGGAAGGCACGGAAAUGCGAGCGUUGAUGGGACUCUCUUUGAAUUCGACUAUAUGCUCACUCAGUACCGGCCAACCAGUGGACGAUGCCAUACGACAAAUACGAGUACAUGCAGCACAUUUUGUGAAUACCGACUACCCGAAGUGGAAGCUCAGUGGGUUGAUGCUCGAAGUUACCGAUCUAGCUGCGGCGAUGCGAAAAGGAUGUAUGACAACGGAAGAAAGAAUAGCCAAAAGUGCCUAUUUCGAUCGAGAGCUUGAGCUCAUUGCACUUGAAGCAAGCCCGGUUUGGACUUUUGAGCGCAAAAACUUGGGUGUAUCUGAUGGAGUAAGACUGGUACCGAAUGGAUUCCCACCUAUCUACGACGUCUAUCCGGAUCGCAUGAUUACACAGAUGUGGAACGUCCUUCGCAUAGCACGCAUGCUUCUAUGUGAGGAAAUUAUCGCGUCCUGCGCUGUAAGCUCCGACCCCGAAGCGUACGCCCAGGCUGAAUGCUCAAAAACUGCCCUCUUGAACUUAGUCCAAGAAAUUGUUGCAUCAGUCCCACAAAUGACAGACUGCGAAUCGGUUGCAAAACAUAAGCUGCCUAGUGGAAGCACAGGCAAGCAACACACACAUAGCAUGCCCCACAUUCUGGAUGUCUACAUACUAAUCUUCAGCCUAUACGUCGUUGCAUGGUCGAAAAGCUGUCCACAAGCUGCAGUUGAAUGGAGUAUCAAACAGCUACAGCACAUCGCUGAUCACUUCGUCAUCAAAGAGGCUGCCGUCAUUCUGGAAAUAUUAAAAAAGCAGAAGAUGGAAGAACUGGUCAACCCAUGGUACGUAUGCAUUCUUUUUAUUCAUUGA